GUUAUACUACUGUGCCAGCCUAAUAUCUAUACUUGUUACCUGCCAUACAACCUCUUUAUCAAUCCCACAAACAUUCUGCCCACUCUGCUCCCCAGAGUAAGCUAGUACACAAACAACCACCGGUGAACCCCACUUGCCCUCGAACUCCAGUCAGAUCCAUGACCAUGGAUUACAUAAAACCCUUUCCGCCCCACACGCCCACCCAUGGCGUCAACCAAUCUCGCCUGCCCGAAAACCAACCCAGGUUUGACAUCGUAACCCAUUGAACCUCAGCUGCACCACCACAUACAUCCAACACCCUAGAUCCAGAAUCCCUAGACUAGACUAGACCCCUCUCCGCUCCAGACAAGAUGCCCGACAAGGACGCAGGUACCCCGCGGGUCUUCCUCUACCGCCACGGCGAGACCGAAUGGUCCAAAAGCGGCCGCUACACCGGCACCAGCGAGAUCGAGCUGACCGCCGACGGGAUCAAGCAAGUCACGGCGUCGGGCCAGAUCCUCGUGGGCGCGGGCAAGCUGCUCGACCCGGCGCGCAAGCUGGCGCGCGUGUUCGUCAGCCCGCGGCGGCGGGCGGUGCACACCUUCGAGCUGGCCUUCCCCGAGGCCGACAAGCAGGCGCUGCGGGCCGCCGGGAAGGUGCAGGAGAACGACGCGCGGUUGGCCGAGUGGGGGUACGGGCUGUAUGAGGGGUUGCUGACGAAGGAGAUUCGUUCCCUCAGAAAGGAGCAUGGGUUGGAUGGGGAGCGGGAGUGGGAUAUUUGGCGCGAUGGGUGUGAGGGGGGCGAGUCGCCCGAGGAUGUUACGGCUCGAAUCGAUAGUCUGAUCGCGGAGAUCCGUGACCUUCAUCGCGGGAAUAUGCAUGGCGAGCAGCCGGCUGAUGUGGUGCUCAUUGCCCACGGGCAUACGCUGCGCGCGUUCACCAAGCGCUGGUUGGGCUAUCCCAUGGAGUUUCCUUUGUCCAUGAUGUUGGAGCCUGGUGCGGUGGGGGUGCUUAGCUACCAGCAUCAUAGCAUUGAUGAGCCGGCGUUCUUGGUCGGCUAUGGAUUCCCCUUGGAGCAGUAGGGCUGCCGCUGCACUAGCUAGGUGGCAUACUCACCGAUGCUUGGAAGUGAAUUUAGUGUGCUGGGGCAGUUUUUCAGCGGGUCUGUUUCAGUGGGGACAGCUGAAUUCAAGAGUCCGGGGUUACAGCCAGACCGAACAGAAAAUAGAACUAGAUUUCGUUUGUCUGUGAGGAAUGCAGUCCGC